UUUUCCUUCGCCUCUUCGCCGGCAGAAGCUCUCCCAAUUUCCCGUCCGGCACCCAAUUUGCGGACCUCAGAGGGUUAACACUCAGGCCGAUGAAUUACAAAUGAAACUUUUGCUCAGCUUUUCCAGAUUUCUGCAGCAAGAUGUUUACUGCAAAUACCACAAACUGGGUUACUUUUGAAGAUGAAUCCCAGUCUCCUCAGAGAGCAAGAGAAAAUGAUAAUAUUUGCGGAGCAAAUGGGCUUAAACUUGCACUGCCUAAAAUGCAAGAUUUUUCAAACCAAUUGUCCUCCAUCACCUGUAAUUCUCUCUCAUCUCCUAUAAGUGACUACUACUACAGCCCUGAUCCUCCCAGUAAUUCUCCACUCUGUACACCCACCAGAGACUAUCCUAUCAGUCCCUGCUUUCCCAAACCAGGAACUCAUUUUCUUAGUCCUAUUCCAGAAUUGUCAUCCAAUGUUGAUCAUCUCCCACUGAUUGAACCACCUUCUCAAAAGUUGAUUGGAAUAUCUCAGCCUGUGCACAGUUCAGAAUUUUCUACUCUGAAACCAAUAUAUGGUGCACAAAUUAUGCAUCCGGAACACUCAAAGAAAUUGGAAAAUUCCUUAGGCUCACAAGCCUUUUUUCAGAAUGUUUCAAGUGAGUCUGCUUUCUCCAAUCCAUUUUGGUCAGAAGAUUCAUCUACUGUGUCUUUGUCCAGCUUACGUGGACAUGGAAAAGAGUCAGAUUUUGAAAGAGAUUUUUCUUUUAAAGGGAAGAAAAGCUGGCCAGAUCAGAAAAGCUUAAACCAGGGUUCAUUCAAUUAUAUAUGUGAGAGGCUUGAACACUUGAAAACAGAAACUUCAAACACUGAAAGAGCUUUGAGACCAGUUCCAUGUAUGUGCACUACAGAUGGCCUUUCUUCAUUUAUUCCAAGCAGUCUCUUUAGCAGCCAGAGAAAAGAUGGCUGGCCUUUCAUGCUGAGGAUUCCUGAAAAGAAAAAUAUGAUGUCAUCAAGGCAGUGGGGUCCUAUUUACCUUAGAGUUUUACCAGGAGGAAUCCUAGAAAUGUAUUAUGAAAAAGGUCUUGAAAAGCCUUUCAAAAUAUUCCAUCUGCAACCAUUUUGCAGGCUUUCAGAACCAAAGUUAGAGAACUGCAACAUCUCUGGGAAAAUCCAUACGGUGAAAAUUGAAUAUGUGACAUAUACAGAGAAAAAGAAGUACCCUAAAACUGAAGUGGUUCAUGAAGCAGAAAUCGAACAGAUGCUGAAAUUAGGAACAACUGAUUACGGUGACUUCACUGACUUCCUAAUGAUAGUUGAGGAAGAGUUAAUGAAGCUUCCUGAUAUUUCAAAACCAAAGAGACAUUAUGAAGAACAAGAAAUGAUCUUGGAAAUAGUGGAUAAUUUUUGGGGGACAAUUAGUAAAGCAGAAGACAGGUUAACUGAAACAGCUGUCAUAACUCAUAUUUAUUCAUUAAACUUUUUGAAUGGUAAUUCUGAGUGCUUUGUGACACUAAAUGACUUGGAGCUUCAAAAGAGGGAUGAACAUUAUUUUGAGUCAGACAAUAAGAAAAAAUGGAUCAAAAUUAACGAUUAUCACUUUCAUCAAUGUGUGAAGAAACAAGAAUUUGAGCAAUCAAGAAUAAUUAAAUUUACACCAUCAGAUGGCUGUAGAGUAGAACUAAUGCGUUAUAGGACACAAUAUAAUGGAUCGGAUCUUCCAUUUUCCGUGAAAGCCUUGUUAGUCGUUCAAGGAGCUUAUGUUGAACUGCAAGCUUUCAUAAACAUGUCUUCAGCAUAUUCAUAUCCUACAAAACACUGUGAGAAUGUAAUGGUUCACUUUCCUGUUCCCUUGCAAUGGAACAAAACUCUUUGCACUAUGAACCUCCAAAGACAGAGAUCCCUGAAAGCAAAAAUGAACAGAAGAACUUGCCUUGGCUCUUUAAAUGAACUUGAAUCUGACUCCAUUAUUCAUGUCUCAGUUGGAACAGCCAAGUAUGAAAGUGCCUAUAGAGCUAUUGUGUGGAAAAUUGACAGACUACCAGAUAAAAACUCAAAUCCAGAUCAUCUGCACAGUUUGUCUUUCAAACUAGAACUUGGCUCAGAUCAAGAAAUCCCUUCUGAUUGGUGCCCUUUUGCUGUGGUGCAGUUCAUUGUCGCGAAUGCAUGUGCCUCAGGAACUGAAGUGAAAUCAUGGGGAAUUGAUAGGGAUGUACAGCCUCAGAAACAUGUGAUUCAGAAAGCAUGUUAUAAUUGUCAGCCUAAAUUCUACAAAUCGGUCAUUGAUGAUGUGAUUGAAGGAGUCCGAGAUGUUUUUCUGGAAGAAGGUGUAGAUGAACAAAUUCUGAAGGAGCUCAAGCGGCGCUGGGAAAUGAAAGUGAUGCAGUCUAAAGCAACUGAAGGUUUCUUCCACCACAAUCAUGUUCUGUCCCAGUUCACCCUGCAUCUUCCGUCCAGCUUCCAAGCCCUGCAGAAUAUAGGGCACUUGUAUAAAGUCAACAUGCCUGUGGUUGUCACUCAAGCUACUGGUGGAGGAACUGCCAUUCAGACUCCACUUCAACAAAUAUUCCAGCAAGUUGGGAAGCAAUCCUUGGUGCCUCAGCCAGCCCCAGUCAAUAUUAUACAGGCAAAUAUGUCUUCUCUUCAAGAAACCAGCAAUGGUAGCUUGCUGACCUCAAAGCCGCCUGUGCCCCAGCACCUAAAGAUGGGGGAUAAAGACUUGCUUGGGUCUACUGCUGCCACACUUGAAGCCACCAGAAGUCAGGGGGAAAUUGCAGUAGGGACCCUGGUAAGUCUGCAGCCCUCAAGUUCUUUACAGACUUCCCAGAUAGGUGUUACAACUGUUCCUGUUGCAAAGCCAUCUGGAGUAGACAACCUCAGGUCCAGAGAAGCAAGAGGAGGCGUAUCUUCUGGUGGGGGACAAUUGUCUGUGAAUGUUGAACAGCCUCCAGAACCUGAUGAUAUAAUUGAGUUGAUAAUUAUGGGCAAUGACUUGGAUGACUCUGCCCUUCUAUCUGAUGAAACCAGCCUCUCUUUUGUUGAAGAGUUAGAUACCAGUGUGCAAAUGGAAUCAGAUCUGCUGGCCCAGAAAAAUAUUUCCAAUGACAUUGAAGAAAUCAUUCAACUAGAUGGGACAAAUGAUCUCUCAGCCAAAGCAGAAAUAGAAAGUCCAAGAGAUGGAGAAGAUGAGGAGCUUGUGGGUAUAAUUGAUGCUGAAGAUUUAAAAGUCCUGGAUGAGGAAGAAGAGGAGGAAGGUGAAAAUAGCACUUCAGACAAUCAGUCUCUCAACAGUACCAGCGAUGCUGAUGAAUCCUCAGUUGAUAUUGUUGAAGAGGAUCCUUUAAAUUCUGAUGAUGAUGUUAGUGAGCAAGAAACACCUGAUGUUUUUGACACUGAUAAUAUAAUUGUAUGCCAAUAUGACAAGGUUCAGCGAAGCAAGAACAGAUGGAAAUUCUACUUGAAAGAUGGUGUGAUGUGCUUUGGGGGAAAGGACUACAUUUUCUCCAAAGCCAUUGGAGAUGCAGAGUGGUGAAAGUUUCAGAAAUAUCUGCAGUAUUUUUAAAAACUGCUUUGUAAAAUUCAGUAAGGAAAUAU